AUGAGAGUCUCUCGGCUGCUUUGUUUUGCUGGCCUUCUUGGUUCUGCUUUCGCGUCUAGCGAGACUGGGAUCGCUAAAAGGGAGACCGUCAGUGAAAUCCUGACUGAUAUCGAGGAUGCUGCUACCUGCGCAGCAUGUGAGGCCCUACUUGUUGUACUCCAGGCACUUGCCCACUUGGGCAAUGAUGACUUUGUUGAUGUGAUCACUGAAGUCUGUAUUUUGGCUGGGGUGGAUGACGAUGAUGUCUGCAAAGGCGCAAUUGGCCUCGAAGGCCCUAUUUUGGCCCAUGACCUGCGCAACAUGGACGUGCCAUCUAAGACCGCAGUCCUCUUCUGCACCACCAUUUUUGGACUAUGCGACUAUCCUGCAGUGGCCGAGUACACCGUCGACUUCCCCUCUGCCAAACCGGCCAAUGCCUCUCGCCCGGCACCGAGCGGAGAGACGCCUCUGCAGAUUGUUCAUAUCAGUGAUAUCCACGUUGAUCUUUCAUAUGAGACUGGCGCAAGCUACAACUGCACCAAGCCUAUUUGUUGUCGUCCCUAUGAUAGCUCUGACGACCCAGGCGUGACCGACUAUCCUGCAGGCGAGUAUGGCAACCACAACUGCGACGCUCCUCUUACGCUGGAAGAGAGCAUGUACGCAGCUAUCCAGGAGCUCGUUCCCAACUCCUCCUUUGUUAUCUUCACGGGCGAUGUCGUUGAAGGUGCUGUCUGGCUGGUGAAUGAGACCGAAGUGACCCACGAUCUGAACGACGCCUAUAACACUCGGAUGUCCGAUUACUUCGACCUCGUCUACGGUGUCACUGGCAACCACGAUACUGCUCCAGUGAACUCAUUCCCACCGUCUGAUAUUGACACGACCAUCUCUAGCCAGUGGGCUUAUGAUACUCUUUCUUCCGAUUGGAGUCAAUGGAUCGGAUCCACUGCAGCCAGUACCGCCGACGAUUACGGCGCCUACUCUGUCAAGUACUCUGGUGGUAACCUGCGGAUCAUCUCGUUCAACUCCAACUUCUACUACAAAGAGAACUUCUGGCUAUAUGAGAAGACUAUGCAGACCGAUCCCAGUGGACAAUUGGCCUGGCUCGUAGAUGAGCUUGCUGCGGCCGAAACGGCAGGAGAGCGAGUCUGGCUAAUGGGUCACAUGCCCAUGGGAUCCGGUGAUGCCUUCCACGAUGGAUCCAACUACUUCAACCAGAUCAUCCAGCGAUAUGAUGCCACUAUUGCUGCGGUCUUCUAUGGACACACCCACAAGGAUGAGUUCGAACUUGCUUACUCGAACUACACCGACCAGUCGGCCGAUACAGCCACCAUGAUGUCCUACAUCAUGCCGGCCAUGACUCCCACUUCUGGCAACCCUACUUUCCGGGUUUACUCGGUCGACCCUGUCACAUUUGGCGUCCUUGACUUCACGGAGUACAUUACCAACAUGUCGAGCUCCACAUACCAGGAGAAGCCCACAUGGGAGAAAUAUUACUCGGCCAAGGAAGCCUAUGGCUCGCUACUUGACCCACCUGUUACUGACAGUGCGGCUGAGCUGACCCCGGCAUUCUGGCACAAUGUCACCGUGCUCUUUGAGAAUGACGACAGUGUAUUCCAAGACUACUAUGCCCGCAAGCGACGUGGCUGGGACGUGUCUGAGUGCACUGGUGACUGCAAGACGGAUGAGAUCUGCCAGCUGCGUGCGGCCGAGUCGCAGUAUAACUGCGUUGAGAUUACACCUGGAAUCAAUUUCAAGAAGCGCGACACAAGCUCGAGCACGGCCAAGGAGUCUACUUGUGGUGAGUCAGUGGUUGGCCAAAUGUUCUCCAACUUUGAUGGAGCCGUGGCAGCUUUGAAGGAGGCAGCGACAGCCAAGUUGGGAUCGAGUUUCCUGAACACCACAGUCAACUCUACUGCUUCCUAA